AUCAUAUAUCUCGUCAGUAUCCAAACCCCUCGGUGUCUCUUACAACAUCAAUCCCAACGAAUCAUCUACUAUAAAAACCUACUUUGAGAAAAACCAUCCAAAACAAUGUACUCAUUAUCUUCUGUAAUAAAACGCCUCAUUUUUAUCCACGUCUUAGCCAUACAACUACUUCUGAUAAACAGCGACUUGUCCUUAAACACGACCAAUGCCUAUCUCAACCACAAAUGUUUGGUUAAUCAAGGAAAAUACAAGCCGGGAAGUGAGUACGAUAACCGUUUAAAAAGAACCCUCAAAAUGUUCUAUUCAGGCAGUUACAGAGGUUAUGACGGGAUCGGCGAUUCUACUUUUUCCGCUAUCAUCCAGUGCCGUGGCGACUCCUACGGGCCCAAGUGCCACGACUGCUUUGCCACCGCACUCUCUGCGCUUAGUAGACGAUGUCCUUGGUACAAGGGGAGGAUAAUAUGGUAUGAUCAAUGUCUUCUCGCGAUUUCAUCCUUCAAUUCUAUUGGGAAGAUCGAUUACGACAAUAACUUUUGUAUGUCCAACGCGAAGGUGGUGGAAGGAAAUGUAGUCUCGUUUAUGUUUGCUUGGAAUACUCUAAUUGACGAUCUGACGACUUCUGCCACCAGUGGAGAUAAUUACACACUGUACUCUGUGGGAGAAAAGCGGUACAAGGGUGAUAUGCUGUAUGGAAUGGUGCAGUGUACGAAAGGCUUAUCGCCAAAAGCUUGUCAGGAGUGUGUGUCGUUUAUUAGCUUGCAUUUUCAAGAUUGCUUGAAUGAUAGACGAGGAGGGAGAGUUGUUGGUUGUAGCUGUAGUUUUAGGUUGGAGUUUUACCCGUUUAUUGCCGAGCCCGUCCGGAAUAUUUAAUGAGCUAAAU